CGCUAAACCGUUUUCCAAAGACUAUAUUCCUCACGACUACUACACGAAGCCGGCUUGGAAAUAGCUCUCGAAUUUCCAACAUAACCUCCAAGAAACGUUUGUUUCUGGAGGAGAUUUUAUCAUCCAAAAGCGAAUCAAGGAGGAAGAGGAUAUCGUGAGGGUAUCUCCGGACAACAUCAAGAGAAGAUGGAGAAGACUUUAUUCUUCACGGUGGGCAUCCUGUUUUUACAACAGGCAUUUGCCGCCGAAAUUUCAAUCGGUUCCUUCUACGGUGUCAUGACUGACAAGGAUGACGAGUAUAAGAGAAUCAUCGACGACGCCGUCGAUUACGUAACAAGGCAAGCAUGGAGCAACCAGAACACCCUUCGAGUUACCCACUUUCAGCCCGAGAUGAAUUCGCUGGGAGAACCUGAGAUCAGUACCAAUAUUUUCCAGGCUGUCCAGAUUGAGGUCUGCGCCCAUGCACGUAGCAGCAGUCUUCGUGGCAUCGUCCUCCCGCACGACAUCUGCAUGGACUGCAAUGACAUCAGCGGAGUCAUCGGUGACGCCAUCAACCCAACAAUCGCCAUCGACUUGGCUGGCGGAGACUACUCCGUCAAGCUCUACCCCGAUGUCGGCGACCUCGUUGACCUCUUUGCCGAAGUCAUCAACUACACCAAGUGGCGCGAUUUCCUCCUUAUCUACGACGGGGACAAUGCCCAGGGUAUCGUUGAGGAGAUGACUGCACAGGCCAAUGACAGGAACCAAACCAUUAAGGUGCUACCUAUUCCCGAAGACUUGACAGAGCUUCAGACUACACUCGAAGGAAGCUCUAUCAAGAACAUUCUACUCUACUGCCAGUACGAAGAGAUUUGUCUCGAUGUUGUCAAAAUGGCCAUUGAUGAAAAUCUGAUGAUAGACGGGUACCACUGGUUCUUAGGGAAUUUGGACUUACCGCUUACUUGGGAAGAAGUUAGUCAAAUACGACUCGAUGGGGCCUACAUCACUCGACUCCAGAUGAACAAGCAAUCGAACGUCAACGUGCGAUACACGACCACGCGACCAGAAAACCAAGAGGAAUGGCCUUUCCGUCUUAAGAUGGCCUACGACGCCGUCGUCCUUCUCGGCGAGGCCUUUGAGAGUCAUCUUCAGCGUCUUGGUACUUUCCCGACCAGGGUUGCGCAGUGCCCGACCGCCUCCGAGUCGUUUCAACUUUCAUCUGUUAUGCAAGAUAUCAAAGAAGUAAACUUUGAGGGUUUGAGUGGACACAUCUCUUUUGACAACAUGUAUCGACGAACCAACUACUCCAUCACCAUCCACCAAGGAAAGGGUCAGACUGUCUAUUUCUACACUGACAAUCAGUACCGAGCUGCAGGCGAAUGGGUGCAGAGUGUUUCGCUUUGGCGUCAAGCUAAUCGCGGCCUGGCCUGGCCUAACCCUGGUUCUCGACUCAACAUGUACGAGUUCAGAAAUGCUGAACUGAAGAGCAUCAUUGUGACGUCAUUGGAGGAAGCGCCAUACCUCAUCGACAGCGGCCAGGGUUUCAUCGGCUACGUCCCUGAACUGCUCCGAAACAUCAAGAUCGUCAUGGAAAACGAACUCGGACUCCCAUUCGACUACGAGAUCGAACUGGUCGGUGAAGGCGAGUACGGACGUCUCGACGCUACCACUGGCCGAUGGAGCGGUCUGAUGGAGAAGCUUGUUGAAGGAUACGCUGAUAUCGCCGCUGCCCCAAUGGCUAUCACCAGUGAGCGAGACAAGUACAUUGAUUACACCGUCCCCUUCAUGAGGAGUGAGUUGGGUAUUCUGAUCGAGCAUCCUAGCUAUGUCUGGGAGCAUCCUUUCGUGCCUGUAUUCCCUUACGAUUGGAAUGUCUGGAUCUGCAACUUCGCCGCCCUCUUCGUAAGCGGAGUCUUCCUCUUCCUCAUCUGCUACUUCAGCCCCUACGAAUGGCGCGCAAAGUCGAAGCGAGGUGAAGCUUCCGCCGAGCAGGGUGAGAGCUUCAAGUUCAGCAAUACGGCUUGGUAUAUGAUCACUACCAUGUACCUGCAGAGUUAUGAUGUCUCUCCUCGUUCUGUGGCUGGACGUGUCCUCAGUGCUUUCUGGUACCUCUUCAUGCUCGUCAUGGUGUUCCUGUACCUCAUCAACCUGACCCCCUUCCUCAGGGCAUCCAAAGGCAUCAUCCAAGUGCGCGAUGUCGGGGAUCUCUUCGAUCAGACCACCGUCGAUGUCGGUUUCGUCAAGGACAGCUCUGCCUACGACUUCUUCCGUGAUAACCGUAUUCCAGAGUACCGUCGUCUAUGGGAGACUGUUCAAUCUGCCGUUUCCAUGUACCGUGACGACAGCGGUAUUGUCCUUGAGGUUGAAGAUGGUGUCCUGCGAACAAGGCACUCCAACGGCAAGUACGCCUUCAUCCACGACCGACGCGUUCUUGAGUCCGGAUCCAGGCAGUGGCCUUGCAAUUUGGUCAUUACCGGGGGAAGCUUUGCUACUGUCGAAUAUGGAUUGGGUGUUGCAUCAGGGUCGCCCUUGAGAGAUCAGCUGUCCUGGUGCAUCGAGCGGCUCGAGGAACGCGGUACCUUGGACAGAUUGUGGAACAACAACACUUGGGUGGAUCCACAACGCCGUGGACCCUGCAACAAUGAACGAAUGACUUACUGGGAGCGGCAAGCUCUUUAUUCACUCACCGCCGUCGAUCUCCAAGGAAUGUACUACCUCAUGAUCAUCGGGAUGGGUUCUGCCGUCAUCAUCUUCGCGCUCGAAGUUCUCGCAUUCCAGCUAGGUGUAGGUACCAACGCCCCACGGGUCAGUCGGAACGAUGCUCAUGAAAUGCGCCGGCCACAGGCCUCUUCUGGUGGUGGCGUCGGUGGUGGAAUGGGUGGUGGUGGUGGUGGGGGAGGUGCAAGUGGGGGUGCCAACGAUGGCAAAAUGUGGAUCUAAUCCAAACCUUCCCCAUAUCCUACCACUCUUUUAAACACUAAGAAUUUUGUGUCGUGAAGUUUGUUUCUUAUUCUUUUCUCAACUACAGUACUUUGUUCCCUAUUUUACUGGUAUUAAAAUGCUUUAGGUUAAGAUAUCUCUUAGUGUGUAGUGUUUUAAUAUGUUUGGAUAUUUCAAAUGAUAUGAAAUAAAUUAGACUUUUCUAUCCAGGAUUCAGAAAACAUUUUGUUUUUCUUUCAAUCUUUAUUGAUCAAAAAAUAAAUCACAGUAUAAAUGAAACAAAUCAACAAGCUAUUUACAUGAUUAAACAGAGCAGCACUUACAUACAUGUAGGUAUAUACUUGUCAAGACAGAUACAUAAAACAAAUUAGAUAUCAAAAUUGAAUAUGUUUUGGCGAAGAAUACUGGUAAAAUACCUGUACAUUUUAGAAAGAGGAUUCAGAAAACAUAAUAUGGCGGGGGGGGGGGUUAUUUCUAAAUAUUGGGAAGAGGGGAUGUUUCAUUUCUGGAAUGAGUUUUCAAAAUCAAGUCGUUAAUGCCUGUUGAUUGUUGAACACAAUGGCUGAAAUUGUAACUUUUUUUGGCUCGAAGUGAUGAAACUUUCACUUGUACCUUUUUCGUAGUUCUGCGUACAUUUUCAAUAAAUGUGUCUUUUUAAUCAGGA